AUAUUUCAGUGGUUCGUACGUACAACUGCAUGCAUCUCACGUUAAAAAGACGAUUCAACUAAGAACGUCCUCAUUUCUCGGUCUGUUGUUCAGUUCUAAAAGUUGAAAAUGUCUUGGCUGGGAUUGCAAGUUUCAAAUCCAAAUAACCCGGUUGUUUUCUUUGACAUAACGAUCGGAGGGCAGGAUAUAGGUCGAAUGAAGGUGGAAUUAUUUGCUGAUGUUGUACCAAGAACAGCAGAAAACUUCAGACAGUUAUGUACAGGAGAAUUUAAGAAAAAUAACAUGCCGACUGGAUACAAAGGAGCAACGUUUCAUAGAGUCAUCAAAGAUUUCAUGAUCCAAGGGGGAGAUUUUAUCAAGGGUGAUGGCACAGGUACAGUGAGUAUCUAUGGAUCUAACUUUAUGGAUGAAAACUUCAAACUAAAGCAUGAUGGGCCAGGAUUACUCUCAAUGGCUAACUCGGGUCCAGGUACUAACGGAUGUCAGUUCUUUGUGACGUGCGCCAAGUGUGACUUCUUAGACGGCAAGCAUGUGGUCUUUGGCAAGGUGAUAGAUGGACUUCUGGUCAUGAGAAAGAUUGAGAAUGUACCAACCGGACCAAACAACAGACCCAAGAUUCCUGUGCUUGUCUCCCAGUGUGGGGAGAUGUGAUGAUCAGCCAGCCCAGCUCAAAGACUGUUUUAUAAGUUCCUUCAAGACCUCUCUACUCUCCAUGUGAGGACAGCAAGAAUUUGUACAUGUUCCAUAAAUGGAUAAAUCCAAAUGACAGAAACACAAAAUGGUAGCCAUCGGGAAUCUCGGGAUGCAGAUCUGUCAGUCAGGUUCUUACUCAACUGCCCACCAAUGUUUGCCCCUUUGUGAUGUCCCAAAGUUCUUACUACAAGAGAGUGGAAGGCCUAAUUUAUUCUGGAACACCCAACAAUGUCCUGGUGAUACUACAUGUACUUCACUUGUUUGAUACAUCCGUCUGUGACAAUUGAUCUGCGGUCGACAUCUUAUGCAAAUCGAAUUUAUAGCCCUAACCCUUGACCCAACACUUAUGCCUGACCCGAACCCUAACCUGGAACCUAAUCCCAACCAAAGCCCACAUCGUCUGUUGUUCAGAUUCAGAAGGGCGUCAACUUUGUGUUGCCGUACAUGGGUUAACGUCCUUCUGGCUCCAAAACAGGCAAUAUCCUUGACGAAAUAUAGAUGAUCAGCGUAUGGUUUGACAUAAUACACAAGCACUAUCAUUGUAUGGAUCAAACUCAAGACUGCCACAUUGAUACACUGGUACAUAGUACCCUGAAUGUGUGACAAAAUUCAAAUUCAUUUUUUAUUUAGUUAUUUAUUUACCUCUUGUGGGAUAGAUCACCCAUUUCAGUACAAGUGCUGCUUUUCAUCGGGUUCACCAGCAGUUCACUACCGGUAUUUAUUUAAAUAAGCACCAUUCAGAUAUGAUCCAGCAAAACCAAAAGAUGACGUGAAGUGUAAUAAGCGCCACAUUACUGAAUCUUAUAACACAGAGUUUGGUGAAUAUCCCAAGGCCUUUAUUUCACGCAGUUUCCACUUAUUUACCGCUGCCGUAUAUUUAGGGGGGUUUACAGCGUCCUAUCUGGACGAGCCUUUAGUCGACCGAAGCCCGUAAACAGUUGAAACUGACCUCUACAUAAUGAGUUGUGACCUGACAUGGCUGGUUGCUUUUAUUUGGCAACAUUCCUAAGGCAGGAAGAGACGCUACUCGAAGUGUCUCCAUCAUGAUUAAGAUAUCAGUGUACUUUUUUUUAUGUAAAUAAACUUUUUUCUUAUGAAA